GGAAGUGAAAUGAAAAUGGCUGCUUCAGAUGCACUGCUAACGGAAUCGGCCCUUGGAUGGUCCAUUUUCGCAAUUGUGCUUCUGGUCAUCUUGGCUUUCUGUUGGGUCUACAUCCGGAAGUAUCAGAGUCGCCGGGAGAGCGAGGUCGUCUCCACCAUUACGGCGAUAUGUGCCCUUGCCGUCGCGCUGAUAACGUCUGCUCUCCUGCCAGUGGAUAUCUUUCUGGUGUCCUUCAUGAAAUUCCCAAAUGGCACCUACAAGGACUGGGCUGCAAACAAUGAAACAAGAGGUCAAAUUGAAGAUACAGUCCUGUAUGGAUACUACACUCUCUACUCCAUCACCCUCUUCUGUGUGUUCCUGUGGAUCCCCUUCGUCUACUUCUACUAUGAGGAGAAGGACGAUGACAACAUCAACAAGUGCUCGCAAGUGAAAAAUGCGCUGAAGUACACAAUUGGAUUCGUCAUCAUCUGCGCGGCGUUGCUGCUAAUUGGGGCUUUCAUACCGCUGCACCCCCCGCCCAACCAGCAGAAUGCCACCCAGUGGGAUAAGAUGCAGUACCUGGUGGAAGAGUUUGGCAACCAUGGCCUGGCUGCUCUGUCUUUCUCCAUCAGUUCACUGACCUUGAUUGGCAUGCUGGCUGUGAUCACUUACACGGCAUACGGCAUGUCAGUGCUCCCACUCAACCUCAUCAAAGGCACGCGCAGCGUCGUCUACGAGCGUCUGGAGAACACUGAGGACAUCGAGGACAUCGAGCAGCAGAUCGAGAAGCUUAAGUCCAAGUGCGAGGACGGCCGGCCGCUGGCCACGCGUGACCGGCGGAACCUGCAGGACCUGGAGGCCAAGCUGCAGGUGCUCCAACGCCGCAGCCGCCACCUGGAGAUCGCCGAGCGGAACUGCUGCACCAAGGUCGGCAGUGCCCUGCGCCCGCUCAAGAUUUUGCUGGGAGUUUUCUUCAUCAUGGUGGCACUGCUGUUUGCCGUGGCGCUGUUCAUUUCUAAUUUGGAUAAAGCUCUGCACUCUGCCGGAAUCAGCUCCGGGUUUGUCGUCUUUGGGACCAACCUGACCAACCCCCUGAACGAGCUUCUGCUGGCCCUGCAGCCGGUAUUCCCACUGGAUUACAUUUUGAUCACCAUCAUCACCAUGUACUUUGUCUUCACUUCGAUGGCAGGCAUUCGCAACAUGGGCAUCUGGUUCUUCUGGGUCCGGCUGUACAAGAUUAGACCCAAGCGGACUCGGCCCCAGGCUCUGCUCUUCCUCUGCAUGAUCCUGCUGCUGAUUGUGCUCCACACCAGCUACAUGAUCUACAGCCUGGCGCCGCAAUAUGUCAUGUAUGGCAGCCAGAAGUACCUGCUGCAGAGUCCAGUGCCCACUCCUGGACCUUCGUCCCCUGGGAGCCAGAGCCCUCCAGUCCUGUCCCCAGGAAACGAGACUACAUUCACCACCAAGAUCUGCGACGCAGACGCCCCUGAGGAUCAGUGCACAGUCACAAGAUCCUACCUAUUCCUUCACAAGUUCUGGUUCUUCAGCACCAUCUACUACUUUGGGAACUGGGCAUUCAUUGCGGUUUUCCUCAUUGGCCUCGUCGUCUCCUGCUGCAAGGGGAAGAAGUCGGUGAUUGAGGGAGAGGUGGAGGCGGACGACUCCGACGUGAGUGAUGAUGAGUACUGACUGAGCCAGACGGGGCAGGCAGGCAGGCAGACAGGUGGAGGAGGAGGAAGAGGAGGAGAGCUAAGCAGCUUUUUUUUCUACUCCCAGACGAGACAGGCGCCCGGUCCAGGGCCAUGCUGACUAAGUUUGCACACUGUAUCCGCUCUCCAUAGGCACAAAUCUUUUGAAAAGAGAUACGCGAGUAGUGAUCCCACCCACUGCAGCAAACUUAACAGAGUAAUGCUUUUAUUUUUAUUUGUUUUUGUUUUGUUUUGUUUUUAAUAAGGUUAUUACUGACAUUGUAUUGCUUUUGGCAACUCACGCAAUUCCAGAAAUCCUUAAUAUGGUGGUCUUUUUUUGUCUUAAAUGGUUCUUUCUUCAGUUUCAUAAAAACCUCAUUCUAAUCCAGAGUUUGUGUAUUAGCUAACAGAAGUGUUAAGCCUGAUGUUUUCUUAAUUCGCCAGUGGGCUGCAUGUUCUAUUUCAGUCCCAUCAGGACCAAUGACCAGCAGCUUAUACUUAAAGUCUCCAAAUGUGUUUUGAGUAAAAACCAAACUUAGAGGGGAAUUUUUAAUUUUGCACUUUGAACGCCAAUUAGAUUACCGGUAGAUAUGAUAUUUAGGAUUGCAGUAGUGUUAAGAUUUAAGAACCUUAAAGGAAUUAUCCGGAGUAAAAUGCACUUUAGAUCGAUUUACGGAUGAUUGGGAGUACAUACGUUGAGUUGACAUCCAAAUCAUGUCAUUCGGAUGUGUUU